UUGGAAACGUAUUGUUUUCAUUGACGAUGUCAACAUCGCCUCGCCGUAAUAGUAUUGCGGCUACUGAUGAUUUGUAUGAAAAGAAAAAGACUAGGAAACGUUCAUAUUCAUUGGGAGGGUCCCAUGCUGUGCAAGAAUUGAAGGAACGCGCUAACCCAGGGAAAGGAAUUCUUAAACGAUAUUCUUCCUUUGGACUUGAUCCUGCUAGCAAAAAUGAACGUGCUUACAACGAGGAUUUUGACACACUGAAUAAUACCGUGAUUGGUAUUCCUAAUAGCAUAAUGUUUGCAUCCAAACAAAUGACCACUCCGCAAGAGAAUGAACCAACAACUCAUUCAAAGGGCCGAAGAAGUCGUGUAUCUUUUGCAAGCCACGCUCGUGUGAGGUGGUAUCAAAAUGAGUCGGAUCGAUCGCGUUUUUCGUCAGACUCUCCUCCUGUUUCUUCUCCUCCAUCUGCUGCCAUAACGCCAGCUGUUUCAGCCGAAGAAGAAGGGAAUGUAUCUCCUAAUGAAUUGUCUGAUAAUGAAAAUGAAUCGAGAAGUAGUCAGGGAUCAAGAGAAUCCCUUUCGUCCAAUGCUCCCAAUCAUUCCUCCCUUUCCCAGCUAGAAGAGAAUGAGACAAAUAGUGACAUGGAUGUUACGAAUUCACCUCCUUUAUCCAACUCUGUGUCCAUUUUACCGAAUCCUUCUCAGACAGCUACCGAUCACCCAUAUUCCUCUCAAAUAGCUUCUUAUGGAGUCUCAGAAAGACCUCCAAUAAAACAAAGUAACUCAAAUAGCAAUCAAGAAGAGGAAACUGAAAUGAGCAUGGAUGUCACUAUGCGGUUUCAUGAUGAUAACUCUUACCUUUCUGGCAUUGAGUCUGUUAAGGGAACCAGCUCAACAGAGCAAACUCCUUCUCGACAAGUCAAGAAUAUCUCUAAUCAUUUUCCGCUUUAUAAUGCUGCUGAUUCGUCUGCUCCUAAGUCAAUUCCCUCGCUGGCUCGAGGCAUAGAAGAAGAGCAAGACAUGAUGCUCACUCGGCCAAUUGAUGUACCACCUACUGUUCCUGAAGAUUUUCCGAACCAGAUGGACAUAAGCAUGGAGCUUACUUCCAGUCAUAUAUCACCAAUUCGUCCCACUCAUGAACUAUCUAUAGAUGAUACCAUUGGUACACCUAGUAAGGAUCUUAAGUCAUCUAUAGACCCUCCUACCGCCUUUAAUAUUCCUGCUUCCCCUUCAGAAAAUCCUACUGAUAUGGAUUUAACGACGUCGCUUCCUGCGAACCAGCUUUCGCUUCAAUCUUCCUCUGGGGAGGAAGCUAUGGACAUCACUCAGACUGUUCAUCCUCUUCCUUUAUCUGUCAAUCCCAUCAAUCAAGUCGAUUAUAAUUCUGAUUUCCAAGGGUCGGAAAACAACGAAACUCUUGGUGCUGGUGAAGAUGAUAUGAAUGUGACAAAAGCAUUUGAUGAAUUUUCUCCUUCAAAGAUACAGAUAAAUGAUAAUGAAGAACCGAUGGAUGUAACAGGUGUCGUCAAUCUUCCAUCUUCUCUUGUAAAUGAAAAUCAGAAUGUACCGGAACAGCAAGAGGAAGUGGGGAUGGAUCUCACGUUACCAAUAGAGAAGCUUCCUUCUCCAGAAAAUAGAGCUGUUGCAUAUGAAGAAACUCCUCCUCAUAAAAAAGCAAAACGGUUAAGUUACAACCUUCAUGCUAAGACACCCAGUAAACCCGAAAGUCCCUUUUUAGAAAAGAAAGCUACUUCGGUUUCUCCUUCACCUAAAAGUAAUUUGAAUAGGAGCUCAACAAAAAGUUUUCGUCGUAAACAAAGGUACAGUACAUCAACCGUGGAUAUGGAAGCUAAACGGCAACAACGACUGUCAACAAUCCGAAAUGCCAGAAAGUCUAUAUCUACUUUGAAUGAUUUGGAAUUUGUUUCAUUUUCCUCUACUUUAGAGCAGGAAUCUAUUACAAGUCCUUCAUCCCAAAAAAAUGACAAAAAUGAUAGCCCGAAUAAAAUUGAGAAAUCUGUGGCUGCAAGUCCUUUAAGGCAUGAAGUGCAUCCUGGCCCUGCAGCUGCAUCUUUAGCGCCGGAAUCUUCAUAUUCUGAUGAUUUUGCAAAUAGCAGAUUUCAAGAAAUGGAAAAGGAUUCCUUCAUAUCGCCAAUAGCAGUCAAAUUACGCCCAUUUACCUUAGAAGAAACGCAGGAUUUGAGUUCUUCAAUGGGGGUAAACGAUAUUAAGGAAGGAAGUGUCUUACAUGCCGCUGAUAUGCCAGAGACCGUUAAUGAAAUUGUACCUACAGAUGAACAAAAACAAAAUGAGGAAGCAGAACAGGAGGUUGCUUCAUCCGCAUUUGAUCCUGUUUUGCCGGCUUUGACAUUGGAGGAAUUUUUGAAUAUGACAGAAAUUGAGUUUCUGGACAAUAUAACGAGUUCAAAAAGGCGUGAAACAAUAGUAUCUGGUUCAGCUGAAAGUCCUCAAUUAACGACUGCUCAACUUUUGGAGUCCUACUAUUUGCAAUUCCCAAUACUCGAAUUGUACAAAUUUAGCUGUCAAAAAUUGGAAGAAUAUAUUAUUGAGGGAAAGGAUUUCGUAACAAAAAUGGCUGAAGAUGCUUAUCAGAAUAAUCCGUUGCUGUUUUAUGAGUAUAGAAAAGCGUCAAGUGAGAUGAAAGCAUUAAUGAAUUCACAGUUUCGGAUAAUUAAAACCUUUUCGCGUUUACAAGCGCAGGGAUAUUGGUAUGAAUGGCGGGAGGCCCUAUUGCUAGGAAUUAAGCAGGAACUUAAUGAGAAUCUCAUGAAACUUCAAAAAAAUUUGAUACAGGUUUCGGAAACCAGAUCCAAGCUUCUUCCCUUUUUCGAAGGAUUACGUGAGAAUUUGUCUUCGGUGUCAUCAAAAGUUGGAACAUUGAGAAAGAGAAAAGAAAUGUUUGGACAAUAUAAUCAAAAAUUAGUUCUCCAAGCUCAAAAUAAAUUUGAAGACUUGCAAAGGGAACUAAGCUUGAAAAAGAAAGCACUACUUGAACAACAAAUUAAGGAGCAGCAUAAGCGGAAAGAGAUGGAUGACCUAAGUAAUCGAUACAAACUUCUAGAACUGCAGUGUCGGGAAGAAAGGGAAUUUUAUAAUGCGAAUCAGGAUUUUGAGUAUGAUGAAAUUACAGGAUAUCAGCAACGAAUGUCAGAAUUACAAAGGGAACUUGGCUGGACCAUAGUUUCUAUCCGACCUAAUGAAAUGAAACUAAUUUGGAAUCAUUCGUUACAACCCUUUCAUGUUUACGUUUUGCUUCAAGUGAGCCAACAACGACUGGAUCUUAAUGUAAGAGCUGAAAUAGCAAAGCGAUCAUGGACAGUAACUGAUGUGUUUGGUAUUAUUACUGAGAUGUUUCACAACAACAAAAGCAAAAUUAUUAAGAAAAACAUCAAAUUACUGAAACCGGAAUUGGACGAAAUAGCUGUUUAUUGGAGUCAAUUACAAGAACUUUUGCUGGAAUUUGAAAGGCUUAAAUUAUAUUGGCCUUAUGUGUCAUUUUAUCAAGAAAACCAGUGUGUCGUAAUUCGACUGGAGAUGUAUCUUCACUCUAGGGCAACGAAGUUUUUAAUAGAGUUUAGCAUUCCCGAGUCGGCUUUAAUGAAGCAAAAUGGAGCGAGUUAUGUUUAUCAAGCAACUUCCGUAAGGGUUCAUUCAAUUUAUGAUAAUGGUCUAAGUCAAGAAUCGGAAAUUUUGAGCGUUCUUUUGGAAAAGCUACAUUCAGUAUCUAUGAAUGCAAUUUCAUUUGCAUGUUUUGAGGUUUUGAGCAUUUUCCACUAGUGGAAUGAUAAAAAUUAAAACUAUAUUCUACAUAAUCCGCUUUUUUGUAUAUUGGGUGUCGGUUUAUGAUUUCACAUUUACUGCCCCUUAAUGCCUAGUGGAAAUGCUCAAAACUUUCGUGUAUACUAAAUUUAUAUUUAAUAAUAAUGGGUCACGUG